AUGAGAUUUCCAAUUGAGAGCGAACGUCGCAAGACGACUUUAGGUCUAGAAAGCAAUCUCUUUGUGGAUGAAUUACAGUGCCGGGGCCUGAUUGUGCACGAGAGCGCCCAUCAGAUCGUCCAUGAACGGCCAAUGUGUCCGUCACCAGAGUCGAGUCUUAUUGACUCUGCCACGUACAGCGGGCAGGUGUGCUCGGCAGACGGAGACUGUCCUGGCAGCAUGUGCUGCGUAUUUCACCCAGACAACCGGGGACAAGAGUCCACAGGGUACUGCCGAAACUUCAAACAGCUCAACGAUAAUGUUGGGGGCGCGCUGCAUGACUUUGGAUGCCCGUGUGGUGAAGGCUUAGAGUGCCGCGGGCUGUCCAUCCAUCAUUCCACUGUUAACGGACGUGGCCAUAUAGAAACACACUUAAACCCGGUCUGCCAGACACCCGUCACCACUACCGCUUCAUCAGGAGGCUAG